CACUGGUGGUAGGAAUGGCGGCUAUGACUACUGGAGGAAGGAACCAAAAGACCCCGAAACUUUACUUGUAACGGCUCCGCAAAGGAAUUUAUCACAAGAAAACACAUAAACACAGUCCCGUAACGGAAGAGAGGGGGAACAAGUACUAUUAAGUGAGCUUAACUUGGUUAGACGUCCAGGCCAAGCAGAGGAACGCACUUUGGGACUUUGCUAGUUAGCAUAGUGCCACUGACUUUGAUUCAAGGUAGCCGUUAGCUCGCCCGCUUGUACUAGCCAGCUGUUGGCUACUUGAUUUGGCUAGCCCAACAAGUUAAAGUCAUUAACUGUCUGCAAGCAUUCCGCGUUUGAAUGAUUCAUUGGCGUUCACCUCAGGCUGCAGACAGACUGUAGUAAGGACUUUUACACAAAGUCAAACCAGGCGACAAGACGGCACCGGAUCCGCAGCGCGUUGUGAAUAUUAUUAUUAUUGCUAACCUUAACGUUAGCUAGUGCAUUAACGCUAGCUAAGUUGGGAUCCUGAAGUCUCGCCCAUUUUUUGGAUCCUGCCCCAACCAUUGGCUAACGGCUAAUCAAUAGCCAAGUAGUCCGGUUUUAGGGCCAGUUUGAUACUACAAUGGAAAGUCUAACAUUAAGUGAUGUUGAGCAGAAAUAUUAUUCGGAUUUGUUCGUUUACUGCGACACGGACAACACGAAAAAAGUGGCUUCCAAUGGGAGAGUUCUUGACCUUUUCCGGGCGGCCCAGCUACCCAGCGAAGUUGUCCUGCAGAUCACAGAACUAUGUGGAGCCACUCGGCUGGGUCACUUUGGGCGGAGCCAAUUCUACAUCGCUCUGAAGCUCAUUGCCAUUGCCCAGUCCGGACUGCCCCUUAGAGUGGAAAGCCUCAACUCGGUCAAGGACCUGCCACUGCCCAGGUUUGUAGUGGGGAAGAAUGAGGCUGAGGCGAGGCAUGCAGCGCUGUACCAGGACACCGACAGUCAGGGGUUGUACUCCAGCUCUGGCAGUGGGGUAAUACCAAGACCACCUGGCAGGGGCCACCAGAACAAGAAAGGACCCCCCUCGUCCUCUUCGGUUCCUGUCCAUGAGGUCAUCCAGCCCUUGGCACCCACCAUAGAACCACAGCCCGACUCAACUUCCCCGGUGGUCUCGCCUCAUCAGUCUCCCCCCACCUCCCCACACUCCUGGAGGAAACACAAGCGACAACCCAGUGGAGGAAACACAGACAGACAGCCAGUGGUGUCGGCAGCUGGAGCUGUCUGGACACAAUUCAGAGAAACACAAACAGGUCCAGUGUCUGGUGACGGAAUGUGGUCGUCACACUCACCUCCUCCCACAGUUCAGGAAAGCUGGGUCAGUUUCACGGCAGACACCCCACCUUCCAGUGCACUCCCCGCAAUGCAUCCCUCAUCAGUCCAGGAGAGCACGACGAUACGAACGGUGGCUUCAGCAGCAAUGACCAAUGAGAUCCAGCGACAGUCGAGUGGCUAUGACGAUCCGUGGAAGAUUACAGAUGAGCAAAGACAGUAUUAUAUUAACCAGUUCAAAACCAUUCAGCCGGACCUCAAUGGCUUCAUACCUGGUUCAGCAGCUAAAGAGUUCUUCACCAAAUCAAAGCUACCGAUUUUAGAGCUGUCACACAUUUGGGAGCUGUCAGACUUUGACAAAGAUGGUGCGCUAACUCUAGAUGAGUUCUGCGCUGCCUUCCACUUGGUUGUGGCCAGGAAGAAUGGCUACGACCUCCCAGAGAAGCUGCCUGAGAGCUUGAUGCCAAAGCUGAUUGACCUGGAUGACUCAGCAGAAGUCCCAGAGCCGACUACUGAUGUUGGAUACUCGGGCUCCCCUGUGGAGGUCACACCCAACAAGUCUCCCUCGAUGCCCUCCCUCAACCAGACCUGGCCUGAGAUGAACCAGAGCAAUGAGCAGUGGGAGACGUUUAGUGAGCGCUCCUCCAGCUCACAAACUCUGACCCAAUUUGACUCUAACAUUGCACCAGCUGACCCUGACACAGCCAUUGUCCACCCAGUUCCCAUCCGGAUGACGCCCAGUAAGAUCCACAUGCAGGAGAUGGAGCUGAAGAGGACAGGCAGUGACCACAACCACCCCACUAGUCCCCUGCUGGCCAAACCUCCAGAACUGCCUGAAGAAGCCAAAUUAACUGCGUCCAUGAAGUUUGUAGCCGCCAAUACUGGAGGUGAUGGUUACAGCAGCUCUGACUCCUUCACAUCAGACCAGGAACCAAUCACCAGACAAAGGUCUCAGUCGGGUACGUCUCCGGAGGCUCUAAAGGUGGUGGCCCCCCCUCCUCCUCCUCCGCGCCCCCAUCCCUCCCACUCCCGUUCCUCAUCUUUGGAUAUGAAUCGCACCUUUGCUGCUGGGUCUGCCACAGGACAACAGCAACCUGCCACGGUAGCCUAUCCCCCUGCUGUGCCUCCUCGACCACUACCCACACAGACAUCUGGGUCACAUGCUGGGCAUCGCGGCGAGGCCGAGGGUGUGUCAGGAGGCGGUGCGGUACUUACCACCACCUCCCCCCAGCAGAUCCCCCAGCAGCCCAACUUUGCAGACUUUAGCCAGUUCCAGGCCUUUGCUGCGUCUGAACAGCCCUCCAGCCUGCCUGAGGUCGACAAACACAGUGAGACAGGACAGGUGGAUAAAUCUUCAGAGGGAGCAGGUCCUUUGAGAACAGUGAAGAGCGAUAGUCAGGCAGAGGAUAGAGCCUCAGCCACUGUCAGCACCGCCAAGGGUUCAUCUGGCCCCCUAGCCCCUCCUCCCAAGCCAGUGCGUCGGAGGUUGAAGUCUGAAGAUGAGCUUCGACCAGAAGAUGAGCAGCACGGUCCACAGAAAUCAAAUCUCAUAGCAGCCGUCCUGGCCACUCAACCCUCAAUCCCCAGGUCAAUAGGGAAGGACAAAAAGGCAAUCCAAGCCUCCAUCAGAAGAAAUAAGGAGACAAACACAGUGCUGGCACGGCUCAACAGUGAACUGCAACAACAGCUGAAGGACUUGCUUGAAGAGAGGAUAUCUCUGGAGGUUCAGCUGGAGCAGCUCAGACCUUUCUCCCAUCUUUAACCCACGUGAGGAGGACAACUCAAGUGUAGUUCUUCCUGGAAGACCGAAGCAAGGCUGGUGCCCUCUGUGUGAUUCCCCUGUCCUCACUCGAUCAACACAGCUCUCUAAACCCUGCUCCUCUGUGGAGGCUCAAGCCUGCCACGGGACAGACUGUUUAGACCCACACUCACACGCUCAACCCCAAACUUACCAGUCAUAACCUGUUGGACUGAGAGCACAGAUUGGAAGAACAUGGGGGAUGUUACAAAAUGAACUCUGGCACUUUUCAAUUUUCGCGGAGAGAGGCAACAGUUGCGACUGCGGCAGACUGAGAAACGGUUGGGAGUGGUGGCAAGUCCGCUCUAAAGCAAAAACUGCUGGUGUCUGAUGUCCUACUCUCCAAAUGACUGAAGAAGAGAGACAGAGUGGCUGUGUUUGAGUGUGACUGUUUCUGUGUUUGUGUCCCUGUCUGUUGGCACACGUGAGACAAGCUCCAGUAUGUUCCCUUCUCUCUCUUGUGGUUUGGAGAGAACACCACACCAAACACCAUUCAAAAAUCUCACAACUUAAUGUCAACAUUGUUUACUGGCAAUUGUGCAUACCUGCUAGAACUUACUUAAAACAUUGAAAAGCAGACAUGCCCUGUAGUACAUCUUUUCUACAUUUGUGAAAGAUAGAAGGGGUUGGUGCAGUUAGAUACUGUUGGGGAAAAAAAAUGAAAUCUAAGGUAUUCUGUUAAACUCAGCCUCUAUAAUGGGUUCACACUGCUGUUCACCAUAAUGUAUUGUGGUAGAAGGUUGUGGGAUUGAUUUGCAAGCCAGUUAAAGUCUCAAGUUACGUUCCACCAGGGAUAUACCCUUGCCAAUAAGCAGAGACAGAUUUUUGACUGGAGUUUGCUGAUACAUUCUCUCCCUCUGAGAGUAAAUGGUACGUAAUGGGUUGCCUUGUGACAGGACUGUGAGUGCAUGUCUGUGUGGGGUCUGCAUAGACCAGAUAAUGGUGAAGGCUUUUGACUUAUCCUGUGACAUGAAUUUAGCCUACCUUCCUUGUGUGUGUGCGCCUGUGCCGGUAACUAUUACAAAGAUGGCAUGAUGCAA